GUCAAAAAUUCUCAACACCUUCUUCUCUACUUCAUGUCUUCAUAAGACUCUAAAGAACAGAGAAAAACAAAAGAAACAGAGCACUGAGUCAUGGCGAAGAGCAAGAUCAUCAGUUUCUCUGUGUUCACUCUGAUUCUCUGUCUGUCAGCUCUGGCUAUUGCAAUUGCAGGCAGAGUAGCUGUGCCUCUGUUGCAAUUCCAGGACAAACCCAGUUUCCUGAGACCAACUUUUAGUCGCAUUUACGAUACUUCAAUGUAUGGUGCUCUGCAACUCAAUAAUGGAUUGGCUCAAACGCCUCAAAUGGGGUGGAAUAGCUGGAAUUUCUUUGCUUGUGAUAUUAAUGAAACCGUGAUCAAGGAAACAGCUGAUGCCCUCAUCUCCACCGGAUUAGCUGAUUUAGGUUAUGUGUAUGUCAAUAUAGAUGAUUGCUGGUCUUUACCAACACGAAAUUCUGAGGGUCAACUGGUCCCUGAUCCUAAAACAUUUCCAUCGGGAAUUAAAGCUCUUGCCGAUUAUAUACAUGGGAAGGGCCUCAAGCUUGGAAUAUAUUCUGAUGCCGGGGUUUUUACAUGUCAAGUUCGACCAGGUUCAAUUUAUCAUGAAAGUGAUGACGCCAAGCUGUUUGCUUCUUGGGACUUAGAUUACUUGAAGUAUGACAACUGUUACAAUCUGGGCAUCCCACCAAAAGAACGGUACCCACCCAUGCGUGAGGCCCUAAAUACAACUGGACGCACAAUUUUCUAUUCAAUUUGUGAAUGGGGUGUUGAUGAUCCUGCUUUAUGGGCUGGGAAAGUUGGGAAUAGUUGGCGUACAACAGAUGAUAUCAAUGAUACAUGGGCAAGCAUGACUACAAUUGCUGAUUUGAAUGACAAGUGGGCAUCAUAUGCUGGACCUGGUGGAUGGAAUGAUCCAGAUAUGUUGGAAGUUGGCAAUGGAGGCAUGAGUUACCAGGAAUACCGUGCUCAUUUUAGCAUCUGGGCUUUGAUGAAGGCCCCUCUUUUGAUUGGUUGUGAUGUUAGAAACAUGACUGCAGAAACAUACGAAAUUCUGAGCAAUGAGGAGGUUAUUGCUAUAAACCAAGAUUCUCUUGGGGUUCAAGGAAGGAAAGUGAAUGUUUCAGGAACAGAUGGUGUCUACCAGGUUUGGGCGGGUCCUCUAUCUGGACAUCGUUUGGCUGUUGCUCUUUGGAAUCGGGGUUCAACAGCAAAGACUAUAACAGCUAAAUGGGAAGCACUUGGACUGCAAUCCAGCAUUAGUGUCUCAGUGAGAGAUUUGUGGCAGCACAAACUAGUUAAGGAGGAUGCCGUAUCCUCAUUUGGUGCUCUGGUUGAAGCUCAUGACUGUCACCUGUACCUCUUCACCCCCAAGACUGAGUCACUAAGUACUUUAGCCUUCGCUUAAAGCAUCCUUCUAGGAUGCCCAUUUCGUAGUGUAUCGGAACCGUCUUCUGGAAGAGUUUGUGGCUGUAAUCAGUGCUUUUACCCGAACUUGGAAGCUCUGUCAUCUCUGGUGCUUUGCUCGGUUAACUAUUUUGAAUCUUUGUCAGGUCUGACUGUUGUGGUCCAGUGUGUAUAUUCUGUGUACUUGUAUAGAACAAUGAUACGCUGUUCAAAUAAUAAAAUGGAUCACGAACAGCACAUUUGCGCUGCAUUAUCUGUACUGUUGGAAUCAAUAAUCAGUAAGAAGUAAUUUUUAAGGGUA